AUGGAAGAGGCUCUUUGCAAAUCGACUGCUGCGACCAGGUCAUGGUGUAAAUCUCUGCCGAAGUCAGAAUUACAUGCUCAUCUUAGCGGUUGCAUUAGCAAAGAGAAAAUCCGCGAAAUCCUGAGAAGGCCAGAAAAUGAAAAGCUCCGGGCGAAGGCAACCUCGCUUUUUUCUCCUCGCACCUCUUUGAAUCUGAAGGAAUGUUUUGAGCUCUUUCCAAUCAUUCAUGAGGUUAUCAACUCUCCGGCGGUUCUAAGAGAAGUGGUGUUUAGCGUCCUGGAUGAUUUUGCCGCUGACAACGUGAUUUAUGUAGAGCUGAGGACGACGCCGCGCUCAUCAGAUGCAUUCACCCCGCAACUAUAUAUUUCAACUGUUCUGGAAGCCGUUGACUCAUAUCACAAGGAACAUCCAAAUGGGCUCUUGUGCCGGGUCCUGGUUUCAAUAUCGCGCCAUCUGCCGGUAGAAAAUGCAAGAGAGAUAAUGAAAGUCACGGAGGCCAUAAUGAAGGAAAUUGCCGGGACAACCAGGGCCGACCUCAUUGUAGGUCUAGAGUUAAGUGGCAACCCGCACAGAGGGUCCUGGGAUGAUUUUAAACCCAUUUUCGAAGAUUCCCGGCGCCGAUUGCAUCUCCCGAUAUCCCUUCACUUUGGGGAAGUGUUAGACGACAAGGAAGCUAACGCAAUGCUUGAUUUUCGGCCAUCACGCCUUGGCCAUGCGGUUGUCCUCUCCGACGCGGUCGCAACACGGAUGAUAACAGAGGAACGAAACAUUGGGGUGGAAGUGUGUAUAAGUUCGAAUCUCAUGACCGAAUCCGUGACAAGCCUACAGGAGCACCCUGUAGUUACGAAAUUGCUUGGUUCGCGGCACCCGUUUUCGCUAUGCACGGAUGACCCGGGUAUUCUUGAUACAACUUUGUCCGAGGAAUACGCGCGCCUUUCUGAAUGCGUCGCACUGUCAAGGGAGCGAGUUUCCAGUAUUGCCUUGAAAGGACUACAACUAUCGUUUUGUCGCGAUGAGAAUGUGCUCGAAUCACUCUACCGAACGUUUUUCCGGAAGCUGCAACAAGCAUGCUGUGGGGAGAACGCCACCGAGUGUACAUUAGCGAACAUUAUAGACAGAAGGAUUCCUGCCCCGCAACCCCUUAGAAGCUGA